CAAAUUGGAAAAAGCUACAAUGAGGUCGUUCAACGUUUUUGCCCUUACUUUAACAAUUGCCUUGGCAUUGUCAUGUGUUCAUGCAGCACCUAAACCCGCCGGCUUCUUGACAUCCAUUAGAAAGGGAAUUUCUGACGUUGUACAUGGAAUUGGACAUGCUGUAGGAACAGCGGGUGAAACUGUAGGAAAUGUAAUAGAUGCGGGUGCAAAGGGAAUAGUCAACACAGCAGGUUCAUUAUUUGAUAAUGUUGGAACAGUAGUAAAAGGUGAAGGUGACGGAAACGUGCUUCAUAACAUUGGAAAUGGAGUUGUUGAUGUUAUAGAUACUUUGGGAAACGGUAUACAAAAUGUUUCAAAUGCUCUGGGUACUGGUAUGUAUGAAUUACUUAACAAUGAAAAAGUACAGGAAGAAGCUAAAAUGCAAGUUGAAAAAGAAAUAGAUGUCUCAAGCUAUAAUAUCAACAAACAGGAACAGGAAACAAUUUUCACAGCAAUUAUAAACGAAUUAAGUAGCGGUCAAUUAAAGGGGAAUGAAUUGACAGACUCUAAAAAGGCUACCAAAGUCAUUCGCGAAUAUUUGAAAAAAAAUGGCAUUUCUAUUUCAUCGGAUGAUAUUCAAAAUUACUUGGAUAUACUGCUUAAAGUUUUGUCGAAUAUUUCCAUCGAAAUUGUAACUGACGAAUCUCCCAAGAAAGAAGAGCAGGUUGAGUAUGUCUGGUAUUAUGAAAAAUAAUUAUAUAA